AUGAAUAAAUCCAAGCCCGAACUCAGGACUUUUGAGCAAACCUUGGAGUUGGAUCACUGGUUUGGCCCACCUAUCACCGAGUCUCAGAAUACACUUGCGAAUUCAGCAAGUCAUCAUAACAUUCCCUCAGGCCACGGCAGAUAUCCUCCGGAGGAUCGAAAGCCGCAAACAUCAGCGACUGUUCCAGUUACUGCCGGCAAUGUGAAUCACGCCAGACCUCUGCAGAGCAGCACCGCCGGUCCGGUGAGGAACAGAGCCGUUCCGCCGAGCCCUUUCUCGCCUUAUGAGCGCAACCCCUCCUCUCGGCUGGCUCACCAAGCUUCAUCGGCCCACCAAACCGACUCACCCGGGAUGGGCAUGUCCUGGUUAUUCGGUACGGAUCUCGGUGAACCGAAUCUGUCCGCCGACUCCGUCAGCAGGGACCGCAGACUGAGGGAAAUUCAAAGAGGGCUCGGAAUCAGCGAUGAGGUCUAUGCUCAAGCAGAGAGGUUGUUUGAUAUCCCCCAAGCCGAUCGAUGGCCAACUUUGAUGCUCCUCUUACACAAUUCGCAUCAGCCGACUGAGCCGAUCGAACCGGCCUCCGUUUCUCCCGAGCCGGCGAGGCCGGUGGAACGGCCACAGGCAUAUCGAGAAAUCAUCGACGCCCAAUCGCAAGCCUUCCUCGCAACCUUACCCGGCGACACAUGGGUUCCUGAUCUCAUGAAGCUUGUCCGCGAACUCCUGCAGAGCGAAAAGACCAUGUUCGCUGAUGUAAUCCUCAAGGGUACGCAUCCGAUCUCCCCGGGCCAAUUCAGGCCGAUGCCAACACUCGACCAGUUGGUAAUCUAUGUUUUUCGGAGGAUGGAUUACACGAUGGAGCACCAGUCCGAUGAGUACAUCAAGAGCCUCCCCGAGGUUAACCACCAGUUCGAAGUUCGAAUCGCUUACCUCAGAUUCCAACUGAACGACCAUCGUCGCCAGCGUAGGAACACGCGCUUCUGGGAGGAGAUUGACAGGGAUCUGGAGUUUAGAAGGAAGCAAACCCCCGCCUACAAGGCUGCGUUUUCCCACCUGGUCCUCCAGAAGGAUCGCCAGCUUUGGAAUGGCACCAACAAGAUCAACGAUGUGCCUGCUGACGCUCAACACUUGCCUUCCGAGACGGAGAUCCUAUCCCAGCUUGAAAGUAUCAAACAAGAAUCUGGCCACACCACCGAACUCGCUCCUAACAGUGCUCGCAACCUGAAUUUGAAACACAAACACAAAAUUCACCGUUUCCCAGCAAAAGCUGUCUAG